UUCAAAGAGCUCUGGGACUGACAUUGUCUCAGGACAAACUCAGACACACAACAUCUUUUGAAGAAGGCAGAACAAAAGCUGGUUUAUUGAUCAUUAGACCUGUGUGCUCAGUGGAGUUUCACAGUUCUAAUUAAUACAAAAAAAUCCCCAGCAAAUCCUUGUUCUCUGCAGGGUGUUGGAUCAUCAGAUGGUAUCCUCAGCUGUCGUUUGUGUGUACUAUGGUUUCCUUGUGUUGUAAUUGUUCAGCAAAGUUAAAAAGAAACCACAUCUAAAAAAAAAGCAAUUCACUAACCCUGAAGGACAUAAUCAGACCCUUUCACAAAAUUUUCUGUUAAGUGUUUUUCCCUUCUAUACCAAGAAACUUCUUGUUUGCCAUGGAAAACAAAAGCAACAAAGAUAACGAGACAGAAGGUGGACGCAUUACAUCUGAAAUGCUCAAGUUAAGAACUGGAGAAUUUGAUCUCGAGUCAAUUAUUUUCCUGAAGCUCAGGGGCCUUGGACUGUAUGAGUUAGGAUGUCUAGGAGCAUGUUUAAACCUUGAGCGUUUGGAUCUAUCGAACAACAACAUCACUCACUUAGGACCUUUGUCUUCUCUAAAGAUGUUAGUGGCUCUAAAUUUGUCUUGUAACAGAAUCUCUUCUCUCGAGCCCUUGGCAUCUUGUGAGAACUUGCAGACUUUAAAUGUGGCCGGCAACUCAUUGUGUGGGGUUGAAAGUCUUUAUUGUUUGAAAGGGCUACAUAAACUUGAGAGCAUUAGGCUUAGGGAUCCUGUAUACAAUCUUAGCAACCCUUUAUGUGCCAAUGGUGCUUAUAGACAUAGCGUGCUGGAAACAAUCCCCAGUGUCCGGGUGAUUGAUGGUGAGAGGGUCUCCGGCUGUGGCAGUGACCUUUAUCAUCUGUGCAAAGACAUUGACAACUCUUUGAAAAGGUUUAUCAGCAAUGGGACAGUAGAAGGUUCAGGGUCUUCCAAGCCUUGGGUGGAAGAGGGAUACUGGGACCUGAAACCUACUCAGAGCACAAUUAUUGAAGAAACUUAUAAACAGUUCAACGAUGUUCUGCAAGAGUGCAAAGAGCUGAGCAAAAAAGCAGAUGACACCAUCGCACAGGCAGAGAGGGCUCUCAACAUUAGACACGAACCCAACUCCUACGUCUUCUGA